GCCACAGCAAUGCAUGAUGGGGCUGAGUGUAGCACUGUGGUGUAGCAUAACACAAGAGCAAAGAUAAAUUAAGUUAAUUGUUCCAAUUCAAGUUAACGCCAACACAAUUGAAAAUACCGAGCAGUAGAAAACACACUUUGUUUCUGUAAAUUUCCCGGAACAGGCGACAGAUAAAUGGUCAGCAAAAUAAUCGUUGUUUGAGGCUAUUUUUCCACCGUAGACUCAGAGUGCAAGUGUCUUUCUCUGCAGAUGUUUAGUGGCUAAACCAUAGACUGUAAACAUUACACGCACUCAGGGCAUCACCCCGGCAAUGCUGAGACACCUGAGAGUCAAACAACCCACUGAGGCCGCCAGGAAGAUCAAAGACUGUGUACCUGAGGGAGCCUCUAUCCAAGAACACCAAGACAUGGAGACAGACAGUGAACACUUCUGCUCGGUGGAAGUGGCACUGGAGGAUGGAGACUCUGACAACCUCACCAUGGGGAAUGAAGUAGAAGUUAAUUCUGCUAUCAGUGGCAUCCUGGGGGCUGAACAUGCACAACAAAUGACAAAUGAAAACACGGUGAGUGACUUUAUUGUCACCCGUAGACGGAGUAAGCGCAGCGUGAUCUGGAGGCACUUUGAGUCCUUGGAGAGUUCGUCUGCCGCUCGUUGCCGCAUUUGCACGAAGAAGUUGCAGUGCUUUGAAGGCGGCACCACCAGCAACCUGCAUCGACACAUGUCUAAGAGACACCCGUUGGAGUUUGCACAGCUUUUUUCUAACGAGCAGAACCCACAGCCGUCCCACUCAUCAGAUGCUGUUGAGGACACAUCGACACAACCAGAGACGGUCAGGGUGACGGAGAAGAGAGAAUUUCCAGAUGUUUCAAUGGAGGGCGGAGACUCAGGCAACCUCAACACAACGAUUAAUGCCGAUAUCAAUUCUGCCAUUAAUGGAAUCCUGGAAGCUGCACAAGGCGGUCCAAAAGAACGAUUUACACAUUUAGAGCUGAGCGGUGACCACCCUAUGACUCGUAGACGGAGUAAACGGAGCAUGAUUUGGAGGUACUUUGAACGCCUGGACAUUUUGGAUGCAGCUCAGUGUUGCAUUUGCAUGAAGAAAAUACAGUGCUUUGAAGGCGGCAGCACCAGCAACCUUCAUCGACACAUUUCAAAGAGACACCCGGACGUGUUUUCACAGCUUUGGAAUGAUGGGCAGAACCAAAGUGUUAAUGGGGACACACCACCAGAGCCUGCUAGAGCAACAAGGAAGAGCCCAUGUUCAGGUGUGUUGGCGUUUUCGAGAGCCUCUGAAGGAGAGCUGCGUGUGUUGAGGGGGGAGCGGGAGCUAGUAGAAGCUCUGAGGAGAGCGCAGAGGGAGGAGGCUCAAGCUCUGCUACAACAGAGGGAGCUGAUUAAGAAGCUGCGUGCAGCGAAUGCCAGGGAGGCAGCUGCAGAGAGGGAGCAAAUUGAGUCAUUGAGGAAAACACAGAUGGAGGAAGCUAAAGACUUGAGUAGACAGAGAGAAGAGCUUCAGAAGGAAAAGGUAGAGCUGCAGAAGAAACAGGAAGAGCUUCAGCAGCAAAGCUAGGGAUGCAUUUUGUUUGACCUCCUGUGUCUAUUAGAUCAAACAACUGGACAGACAUGUUGCUAUCAUCACUGACUUCAGACUUUCUACAAAGUUAUUCAGGACUGAUUUCAAACUUCAAUAAUGUAGAAAAAUGUAAAUUCCACUAAACAUUUGUUACAAACAAUGAAAUAAAUGUAAAUAAAAAUGGA